GGAUUCAGUCCGUUCGGGCCACCGCCAGCGGCGGUUCUACCGCCGCGAGCGCACCCAGGUCAUCCGGCCUUCUACCCGCAACCGAUCCUCUACUGGGGCUACCCGAGUCCACCGGUAUCGCCGACGACGUACUACGGAACGCCGGCGACAGCAGCGGCCCCUCCACCACACCACCACCACCACCACCACCUGGCACCGAGCCUGCCCCCGCAUCAUCACCACCAACCGGCGCUGCUUCCGAUGUCGUCAACGGAUAACCACCUGCAGCCGCCGCCACCGGUACCAACCCAGGCCAGUUCCGUGGCUGGUUCCUCAUCCGGUCGAGAAUCGCAGCAAUCGUCCACCCCGCAGCCCCAGUCUCCGCUAUCGCCCAUCCCGCCCGCCUUUCCCCAACCGACGACGGCCACCUCAUCGCCGCCCCUUCUAACCGCCAUCCCGGCGUCCACCUUGACGAUUCCGAUUCCCAGCACCCACCUGCCAGCUUACUCCACGACGCCCCUGUCGCCGAUUGCGCACCAACCUCACCACGCCCACCACCACCACCACCCGCGCCAUCAACACCACCACCUUCAGGGGAGCCAUUUUGGACAGCACCAGCAGGGAAGCCUGCUCCCACCGCCACCGCCGCCCACCUACGAGCACCACAUCCACGAUAAGCUGGUCACCUCCCCGGGAAGCAUCCUGGCCGCGGCCGCACCCUCGCUCAUCCCAAAUCAGUACGUCGAGUUGUUCAUCGUUUAGUCUGAGUGUAAGUGUGUGGUUGCGUGAAUGUGUAGAAGUGUGCAUGACAGCAGUGUUGCCAGCCGGGCAACUUUCGAGUGAGUGAACGUGAGUUGUCUCAAAGUGUGUGAGUCGUUUUCGUUCAGUGUUAGGAAUUUAUUUAUAGUUUUUACCAAAAGCAUCGUGAGAAAUCGGAAUGAUUGAAUCCACCAAGACGAUACAUAUACAUAAAAGUGAAUUUUGUAGGAGCAAUCGUAAUUCCAACAACCUAAUCCAAGACAUACAUAUCAAAGCCUAGCGAUUAAGAAGAAGAAGAAGAAGGAGACAGGAGAAGUGAACGCGCGCGCAUGGUUAAGUGUAGCCAAGUUUAAUCCCACUUUAGCAACGUUAAGUACAAUAGAUAAAGUAUAAAUUUUUAAAAGUAGUAUGUUAUAUUUUCAAAAAAAAAACUUAAAUAUGCAAACAGUUUAUCUAUGUUUAGGUAUUUAAAUAAGUAUAGGCUAGGAUAAGUUUUGCUAAAAGCAAUCCCAUUAUUAUUUGCUCAAAGUUUUCACGUAACUGAUUACCACCACAUUGUGCGUACUAAUAAACUCUGUUGUGCUCUA